AUGGACGGACAGGCCGCCAAUGGCGCGGCCGGCUUGGCGCAGAAUACCACCUCCAUGAACGGCGCGAAUUCCGACAUAAUAUCACAGAUCCACCAGGCCCUCGAGGCUAUACACAACCCUUACUCGUCCAAUGACUCCCGUCGAGACGCGCAGGUCUUCCUCGAAAAUAUUAAAGGCAUAGACGAAGCUCCAUUCCACGGUUUUACCCUUGCCUCCGACAAGUCCCAGUCACCCGUUGUGCGCCAUUAUGCCCUUUCCCUUCUUGAGCAUGCGAUCAAGCACAGAUGGGCCGAUUAUAGCGAGCACCAGUCUUCUACCCUCCGUGGUUGGAUGCUGGAGCUCUGUCGCAGCCUGUCGAAGGACGAUCCCCUAUACAUCAGAAAUAAGACGGCUCAAUUAUGGGUUGAAGUUGGCAAGAGAUCAUGGGGCGCCGAGUGGAUGGACAUGGAUGAGCUUUUGCUUCGCUUAUGGCAAAUUCCUGAUUCUGCUGUUCACAAAGAGCUCGUUCUGUUCGUCUUGGAGACACUCUCCGACGAAGUCUUCAAUGGCGACGAUGCCGUGGUCGCCAUGCGCGAAGGAGUGCUCAGCAGGAGCUGUGUCGAGAUUUUUACUCCAGCCACAGUCCUCAGAGAGGCUUUCCCGAACAGGACUGCUGGCCCCGAGGUGCGAUAUGGGGAAGAAGGUUGGCUAAGCCGGGUAUCCGAAUUUCUCAGUCAGUGCCUUCAAGGGGAUGCUCAGAACAACGACCAAGUUCGGUCUUGUGCUGUCAAAUCCUUGUCCGUUUUCCACUCUCUGAUGCCCUGGGCCAUACCCAAGGCUGUUGCCGUGGCCAAUUGCGUGCCUGUCAUGUGCAGAGCCCUUGCGACACCCGAAGUGUCUAUUCAGAAGGCAUCUCUGGAGGCCUUACAUGCACUUUACUCCCGUUCAAACUUCACCGAACAAGAGUUCAAGGAACUCGUUGCGCCCAUGUAUGAUGCCAGCUCAGUAGACCUCUUGAAGCGGCUCUUCGAGUGGUCGGCCGUUGAUGUAGACGACAUUGACGAGGACAAGUACCAAUUCGAUGCUGUCCCUCUUGGGCAACUAUCUCGACCGAAGAUUUUCCGCGAUUCCGACAACUUCGGACGUAAACGGGUUCCUCAAUUUGCUGCUUCUAACGGUGCAAAGCCCAAACUCAUCGGACAGAGCCCAGCCAAUACUCAUCUCGUUGGGCCACUGCUCGAGGUCUGUGGUUCCCGCCUAAUCCGUUUUGAGAACCUGCCGGAAGACACUCAAGACCCAACCUUCCUCUUCCUGAUGGAAGAUACUGAUACCGUCCCGGAACGACAUGCUUUUCUCGGCAAUUACAGAAGGUUCAGCACACAGGUCAUUGAAACAAUUGUACAACUGAAGCUUUCCGACGCGGUUUACCAUAUUCUUGGCCAAGCCGAGCAAGUCUUGCAGCAUCUAUAUGACGGUCACCCACCGAUGGACGUGUCCAAGUACAUUAAGCAUUCAAUGCCUGUUCUGCGCGUUGAUGCACAAUUCACAGUCAUCGAGGCGGCGCUGAAAGGCUACAUGAAGUGGAGAGCAAGCGCUACUCAACAGAGCAUGCCAGACUACGAACAACAGCGCGCUGCUCUGGAGAGAGAUCUGGAGUCCUGGUGCAGCAAACUCCUUGAAAUGAACUUUGAGGACCCUCUGAUUCGGAAGAGAGUGCUACAAUUGCUGGUUGCUUUCUCUACCACAGCUCUCGACAGGAAUCCAGGAUUCAUGCUCAAAGUCCUUGAACACAUUCUCAUGACAUGGCCAGCUCCUCGCCCAGAGCACCGGGCCUUUAACGAGGCGAUCAAGGAUUUCCAGUCCGAAAGCAUGGUUGAGCUGCAGCGACUAGCCUCAAAGGUCCCUGACCACCUGCUAGGUGUAUAUGAUCAGAUAGAGGCAAAGGUUAACGACAUGAUUUCCUCGGGAAGCUUGGACGAGAAACGACAAAUUGCUUACCAGAGCUUUCUCUUCAUCAUCAUUCACCGAGCCACCAAUAUUGACCCUUCAACACAAUUUGAGCGUUUGCAUGGAUUCAUCAAGCCAGUCACAAGCCUAUGGCAAAACCACGAAUUGAAAAGCGCUCUGUCAUCGUACUCGGGCUUUUGCGAAUUGAUGGCCCUGGACAAAGCCAAGCGAUACCUCAUGAGCCAUCGCGUCCAUGAAGUCAAGGAUUGGGGCUCUAGCGAGCUGGAUGCAGAGGGUCUGGCCCUCCAGAGUGAGUUAGAGGAGAGACAAAAGGUGUUGCCUCUUCGCCCGACAAAAUCAUUUCUUUCUUUUUCCGUGGAGAAGCUCGACAAGUCUUCAGCGCCCUUCCAAAUCUCGUAUCGCUUGUGGAACGAUAGCUUUCCAAUCAUCUUACCCGACCUUCUGCAAUUUCUUAGCCACGCCCACGCCUCGCACAAUCCAGAUAAUUGGACAGAACUGCCCCCUGAAAUGCGGUCCGUUGUUGGCGGCGUUCUCAGUGAUCGUUUUUGGCAGGCGGGAAUUUCUGAGGGCAGCAAAGAUGAAUUCUAUGCCCGCGUCAUGGACAAGAAACACACUCUCGAAGGGCUCGCUUCGACGAUAAGAGGGAGCGUCAGAUUCAUACGAGAAACAUGCUAUGCCAUUAUCUACUGCAUGAGCCGUUUGGAGAUGCAGUUCUAUGGCUUCAGCGAACUGCCGAACCCCCUUGCACAAGCGCUUUUCCAAAAUUCUUUCUAUCUCUCUGCACAUCAGCAGAUCAACUUGCUGAAUCUCGUGCGUUAUCUUGUGGACGAUUGCCCACUAGAGCAACGUGAGCACUUCCUUCCCCCACUCCUUGCAGCUUGCUUCCAACAGAUGGACGCAAAGAUCAACUCGGAGUGGGAGAAGUUGGAGCGCCAACAAGCAAUUGACGCUGCUGGGGAUGCGCUCACCGAGGAGAUGAAAUCGGAAAGCAUCUUGCGCCAGGUCACUUACACUGCCGUGAUCAUGGUGGCGGAUUUCCUGGAUCCCACUAAGAGAAACAUCCCCGCUUUGAUUUGCCCACGCGUUCCGUACCUCGGCUUGGAGAUGCAGUCUAAGGCUUUUCGGCGAUCACAAAAUGGUCAUGAGCAACCUCGCAGGUAUCCAUCAUUGAGGAAAUUUUGCUUGAUGCAGUCUACGAUUGUGGAGCCGCUCCUUCUCUUCUGCACUCACGCAAUCCGGAUGAGAGACACGCGAUGCUGUAGCAUAAUUUUACGGGUAUUUCGAUCUAUUGUUCCAGACUUCCAUCAGUCGGAACCGGUCUCGCCAAAAUCUGUACCUGCGCACGAGGGCCAUAACUCCACUGCCGGCGGAAAGGAUUCCUCUCUUGACCCGACGCCAAUUUCCUCCGAAGCAGCUUCCGCAGUCAGGGAGUACAUCUCAUCGGAAGUGCUCCAAGCUUGCAUCAACUCAUUCCAUGAGCCCUACUUCGUAGACCUUCAGAAGGACCUGGCCUCAUUAAUUGCCUCCAUAGUGGUUUAUUACAGCCCUUCGACUAGCACGCCCAGAGAUGUCCUCCUUUCGCUACCCAACAUCAAAGUGGCUGAUCUCGAGAAGCUGAACGAUUUCGUGUCGAAGCCAGCUUCCCACACACGCCAGCAACGAGCACUUGUGCUUGACCUUCUCAAAGACCUCAAGGGAAUAAGCAUUGCAGAGCAGGGGAAAUUGCCCAAGACCAGCAGUUUCGGGCGAGUCAAGAGAUCAAAUCGCAGCAAGAUGGCGCAAGAGUUCAUGACACCCGCAAACGAGUCGGCUACACGUAGCGGAGCGGUCACCGGGGCGAGGCAAGGCACGCCAGAUGGCCUUGAGGGCGUGGCCAACUUAUUCGAAGGCUAG